AUGUUGACAAAUUGUCAUGCAAUCAUACUUGAAGUGAAGAAUGAGGCAAUAGCAUCAGUGAACAACACUACAACACCAGUAUCAUCAUCAUCAUCAUCAUCAUCACUGUCAACAGCAAAUCUAUUUGAAUCACUUAAUUGUACCGUAAAUUAUCAUAUAGAAUUAGGCAAGAAACCAGAUAAUCAACAUAAAGAAAAUACCCAAUGGAAACAUUCACCACAUACACCUAUAUUAAAUGUAGGCACAUAUCAAUGGAUUGAACUGACUUGUACAUGUUGUUGUCGUCAACAAUAUUUUGACCAAUUAGAACAAAGUGAUCAGAAUUCAUCGAUGGAAAUGAAUGAAACUCGGACAACAUUAUUAUACAAGAUUACAUCAUCCAAUAGUCAUGUGAUUGCUUUAUCCUUAUCGAAACGAAUACAUUCAAAUAUACAUUUACAUCAUUGUGACAACAUGUCCAAUCAUAAUACUAAUACUAAUACUCAUAAUAAACAUUCUAAUUCUAUAUGUAUCACAUUAUAUUUAGAAAUAAAAUGUAAUCAAACUAAUGGAUUUUAUAUCCAUGCAGAAAAUUUAGGUCAUAGUCAAAUUAUCACAACAUUAAUUUGGAUUAAUAGUACAUCAAGAAAAUAUAUUGAAAAAUUGACUAAAUCAACUGAUUCAUUGAACAAUCUAAAUGAUGAUCAUGAUGAUGAUGAUGAUGGUGAUGUUGACGGUGAUGAGGCUCGUCAGUAUCGAUCCAGUGGUAGUUCACCAUUAGUGACUACAAACAACGACAACAGCACUACUACUACUAACACAACAAUCACUAGUUUCAAACAAAUGAUACAACAUCAGAAACAAUUACAAGAAGAAAUAUUACAUCAAUUAACUAAUUCACCAAUCAAUUCAAUUGUACAUGAUUUGAAACAAGUAAAAAUUACUGAUGCAAAAAUUUAUGUACAACAACAACAACAACAACAAAUGGAUGACUAUGCGCAACCGCCGUUCGAUGAUCAUAAUGAUGGUGUAUGGAGAAAUUAUUUAUGGUUAACUGUAUUAUUAAGACCACAAAAAUUUUAUAUGGCAUCAGAUUGGAGUUCAGCAAUUAUAACAUUUAUGCUUGCAUUAUCUACUGGUUGUUGUAAUGAUCCAAUUAUGAUUAAAGAAGAAUUAUAUGAAUUAAAAGCUAUAUUGAUUGGUUUAUUAAGUCAAUUAAUUCUUAUUCCAAUGAUUGCUAUAUGUAUUGGAUUGGUAUUUAGCUUAGAUAUUGAUCAAGCAUUUGGUUUAUUUAUAUGUUCAACUGUACCGGCUGGUGGAUUGGCUUAUUUAAUGACUUAUUUAAGUCAUGGAGAUAGACAAUUAUCAGCAGCAUUAUCUUUCAUUGCAAGUAUUAUUAAUUUAGUGAUCAUGCCAUUUUGGUCUAUUACCAUUGGUUGGUAUUGGUUUAAUCGUCCAAUUAAUAUUGAGAAAACAUUUGGUUGGUUAAUACUUUUGACUUCAGCACAAUGUUUAGGAACUUUAAUGAGAGGUUAUCGACCUGGUUUAGCACGUGCAAUUUUAACAUGGAUAACUAGACCACUUCUUCUAUUAUCUGGAAUAUUAUUGAUUACAUUAGGUGUAUACAUUAAUCAUUAUGCAUUUAAUGAAGUGACACAAAAUUUAAUUUAUGCUUUAUUAUCUCUAAUUACAAGUGGAUUUAUUGUUGGUUGGUUUGCAGGAUUAUUAACACAUCAAAAUUGUACAAGAUCAAGGACAUUGUCAACAGCAAUGUCCGUAUUUAAUGGUCUAUUAUGUAUGCCAUUGUUAAGAACAUGUGUACAUGCACCAGAAGGUGAUUUAGCCGCUGUCUCUGCAUUAUGGAUAGUUUUAUUUGCACCGAUUCCAUUAGGUUAUCAUGCAGUAGUUACAAUAGUACAAAAAUGGAUAAAUAGUUAUUUACAAAAUCGAAGAAAACAACGUGAACAAAAAGAAGAAGAAAAUCGUAUGGUUACUUUUAUUGGCGGAAAACAACAUGAAUUCGGUGCUGCCUCGAUUGCUGCUGUAGCUGCUGCAGCUAUUGCAGUAACACCAACAAUCACAACUAGAAAUCUAUUGAAUACCAAUACUACUACUAAUAAUAAUGACAAUCAUUCAACCAAUCAAUUUGAAAAGAUCAUUACUGUUGAUAAUGAAAUGGAUAGUCAUUGCAUAGAACAAUCAUUACCAUCAUCGAAAUCAUUCGUAACAAAUGAAACUGCGCAGAAAACUCAGUCGACAUUAGCUCAUUCAAAAGAUCAACAUUUUAAUAGGCAACUUAUAGAUGAAUUCAAUUGUGAAAAUUAUGAUAAUUAUACUAGACAAUAUGGAGAGAAAGAUACUGUCUAUAAUAAAGAACACUUCAGACAAACUAAUGAUGAUAUAAAUUUAGGUAAAUUUACAAUGAAAAAUACAAAUUCAUUAUUAGAAGACAACAAAACUAGAUUAUCAGAAUUUAAAAGACAACAAAUACUAAAUGAUAAUAACACUAGUUGGUUGAUAGAUUCUACAAAUCUUAGACAACAACAACAACAAGAAGGAGAAAAGAUUAAUUCAACCGAAAUAGGAAUGUUAACAUUAACAAAUCAAACUGAUACUACUACUCAUUCACAAAUGUUAAAUUAUGAUAAAAAUCAUAUGGAUUCAAUUAGAACAAAACUAUCAUCAACAACAACUGAUAUGACAAAUGAAUUACAGAAACAAACUACUACUAAUCAAACAAAUAGAAAUUUUUCAACAAAAGAUUCACAUUAUUCUAUUGAUAAUAAACUAUCACCAUUGUAUACAAAUCUUUAAUACAUAUCAAUAUUUAAAGUAAACAUAAUAGAUAUUGAUGGGAACAAUAUCGGGAUAAUAUAAAAAC